UAUCGAUCGCCAUCUUGAUGCUCUUUUCUCAUCGAAAGACGUUUUUAAAUUCGUGUUUUACUAGUUUAAUUCAGUUUUUAAUUGCAUUCUACAACUUUUCAUUACUUUUGGCACAAAAUUCAGAAGAGACUCAAACAGAGGGAUCAAUAGGGACUACUACUGUGGUGAAGAUUGAAAGUGAUGCAAUUUGGUGUCCAACACAUCGAGUUGGAAAUCAAUGUCCUGAAGAAACUCUUUUAUCUUUUUACAAAUGUUGUGGUCAUUUAAACAAAGAAUGUUGCUUUCAUCUGAGAGUCUGGAUUGUCAUAAUGAUAAUUGUUCUUCCAAUCUGUCUCGUUCUUCCUGCAUCCACUUUCCUAAUCCGCCGAAUUUUGUGCUCCUCAAGUCAACAACCAACCGGAAGAGCCCCUUCAGCAGCGGAUCGUGUUCGUCAACUAGCUGCAGAAGAUUCAACAACUUUUAGAAGAGAUUCUGAUGAUAUGGUUAUGUUGUAAUUUGUCCUCUCUACAUAAGAUUAUGAACAUUUAAUUAGAAA